ACCUAAGUCUAAGAUAAUAGCAUGAAAAAUUAUAAAUGUCGCGCCUAUCAGGCUGGAUGUAUAAAAGCACUGCAUGUUGCUAAAAAUUAUUCAAGUUGUUGUAUUUUCCCAACUGUUGAGCAUCGUCAUGAGGGCACUCUUGAUUCUUUCCUUAAUCGCGUUGUCCACGUCAACUCUUAUUAAAAGGUGCUCAGAUCCAGCAUGUACCCUGGAGUACAGUCCUGUUUGUGGCACGGAUGAAAAGGGUGAGGAACAUGUCUUUGGUAACAGAUGUUUUUUCAAAGGUGCUAACUGCAGGCGUAAGGAAUCAGGGUUGCCACCUCUGAAAAUUAUAGCUGGGGAUUGCCAUCCCACAAAAAGACAGUAAUGUUAUACAUAUCUGUGGGGAUGUUGGUGUUGUAAAAUGAAAUAUAUGUAUUUAAUUUACACCUUC